GUAAACUAAAAGUAAAACUCUAAAGUCUACACUCCGCCGAAUUGGAACACCACACACACAGUGCUGUCGUGUAAUUCCCAAAAUAAAUAACGAACAAGAACCCUAAUUUUCAUUGCAAUUGUGUUGGUAGGGAGUGUAGGGCAGAUUGCGUAGAAUCGGAAGAUGGAAGAGGAAGAGCACGAGGUGUACGGAGGAGAGAUCCCUGACGAGGGAGAGAUGGAAGGAGACAUUGACAUGUCCGCCGCCGACGAUGAAGCCGCCGUCGACGAUGACGCCGCCGUCAAGGAGCUCGACGAGAUGAAGCGCCGAUUGAAGGAAAUGGAAGAGGAAGCCGCAGCGCUUCGCGAGAUGCAAGCCAAGGUCGAGAAGGAGAUUGGCAGCGUUCAAGAUCCUGCUAAUGCAGCUGCUUCUCAGGCAAACAAGGAGGAGGCAGAUGCUCGGUCUGUUUUUGUUGGCAAUGUUGAUUAUGCAUGCACACCAGAAGAAGUGCAGCAACACUUUCAGUCCUGUGGUACUGUAAACAGGGUCACUAUCCUGACAGACAAGUUUGGCCAGCCUAAAGGUUUUGCUUAUGUGGAAUUUGUUGAAGCUGAGGCUGUUCAAGAGGCUCUCCUGUUGAAUGAAUCUGAAUUGCAUGGCCGUCAAUUGAAGGUUUUGCCUAAGAGGACCAAUGUUCCUGGAAUGAAACAAUAUCGUCCUAGGUGCUUUAAUCCUUACAUGGCGUAUGGCUUCAGGAGGCCAUAUACUCCUUACUUGUAUUCCCCUUAUGGGAAGGUUCCUAGGUUUAGAAGGCCAAAUCGUUACAUGCCGUACUACUAGAAGUCUCAUUGGAACGUGUUACAUUGGGAAGAUGGUGCAUCCUGGAGCAGAAGUUUUUUCAUUUGGGCAUUUGACACUAUCUUCAUUCAGUAUUAUAUAGUGAUGGAGAAUAUUACCGUGAAUUUGUCUUAGGAUGGUCUUGAACCUACAUUUUUCUUGCGUAGUUCUUGGAAGAUGGUUUACAAUUGCCAUUGAAUAUUAUGUUAGUGACUUUUCGGUCUUUAUAGUUUAUACUAACCUAAGAUGUACCCUUCGGUAAAAUUUGAUCAAAUUAGAGAUUGAAAUAUUUAUGGCGUUUUACUGGAGCAUUUAGGUCGUAAGACAAUUUCGAUCUCCCCCCCCCCCCCCCCCAUAGCAGGGUGUUUAGGGAACAGAAAGGUGUAAGGUGGAGUGUAUGUGAGAAUGUGCCCCUGACAUUCCUCUUAAAUACAAACAUGUUUAUCCAAACAGAGAUGUUUAUCCAAACAGAGAAGGAGGAGACCGAGGAAAACUUGCUUAAAGUGAUUUGAAGCUCUAAUUCUAGGCUGGCUUUUGUGCUGUAUCAAUGUGUCUAUGUCCAAAUAUUUGUUGCCACUUUUGAUGUUAUUGACUGUCGAUAUGAUCUAUUAAGCUAAGUGACAGAGGAAAUGAUUUGUUUCUAUUCAGGUGA